AGACUAGGUGGAGUAAAUCUGAGCUGGUGGGGUGAGCAGCGCAAGGCUGAGGAAAGAUGCAUGAAAACAGACCACAGAUGGGAGAGAUAAACAGGAUCCCUGGGCUGUGACUGAGGAGGCAGGUCUCUUUAAUGGCUCUUAGCAACGCCCCUGCUCUGACCCUUCUCAUAUGUGAGGAAAAUCAAAUCAAUACACUGUUCUUCAAACCACGAUGCUGCAGCAGCAGCAGGGCAUUGUGGCAGCCUUCGUCUCUUAAAUUCAUCUUCGCUUUUCAGUGUGCUGGUUUCUGGAUAUCCAUCCUUGCAUCUCUGCUAAGGAAGACUGACUGCAUCUUUAAUUGGAUUGCUUGAGCUCCCAUGCACAACCUUCUUCUUAUUAUCAAGUAUUAGAGAUGGCUAACAGAGGACCAAGCUAUGGCUUAAGCCGAGAAGUUCAGGAAAAGAUUGAACAGAAAUACGACGCAGAAUUAGAGUCUAAGCUGGUGAACUGGAUUAUUGUGCAGUGUGGAGAACAGAUAGAGCACCCUCCUCCUGGAAGGCAACAUUUUCAGACCUGGUUGAUGGAUGGAACACUGUUAUGCAAGUUAAUAAACAGUUUGCAUCCAAAGGGAAACGAGCCUAUUGCAAAGAUCUCUGAAUCAAAAAUGGCUUUCAAGCAGAUGGAACAAAUAUCUCAGUUCUUAAAAGCUGCUGAAAUAUACGGAGUAAGAACAACAGAUAUUUUCCAGACAGUGGAUUUAUGGGAAGGGAAGGACAUGGCAGCAGUGCAGAGAACCUUAAUGGCUUUGGGCAGUUUGGCGGUCACCAAGGAUGACGGCUGCUACAAAGGAGAUCCGUCCUGGUUCCACAGGAAAGCACAGCAAAAUCGACGAGGAUUUUCAGAAGAGCAGCUUCGGCAGGGACAGAACGUAAUAGGCCUUCAGAUGGGCAGCAACAAAGGAGCAUCACAGUCGGGCAUGACAGGCUAUGGGAUGCCAAGGCAGAUUAUCUAAAAGCAUCUCUGUCUGUGGAGAAAACACUCCUCUGCAGCAUGGUCUGUUAAGGAAAAAAAAAAAAAAAAAAAAAGAAAAAAAUGCUUAUUAGUUCCUUUUCUGCCUGGUUUUUAAUAGUUAGUGCUCUCUAAAGUUUGGGGUAUUUUUGGUUUGGUUUGUUUUCUUUGCAGCUGCAAGAGUUUGCCUAGGAACUUGGGUUUUGUGGUGGUGUGUGUCAGUUCACAGCACGUGCGCACUGCUGCCUCCUACUUUUCACUUCUGAACUAUGCAAAUACAAUUAUUCUGUAUUAAUUUAUUGGCAAAGUGUUAUCUUCCAUAUUUGUCUCACACUGCACUUGUAUUUCAACCAGUAACCUCGUUCUUCAAUCAGUGAUGAUAUUGUUUGACUGAAGAAUAAAGACGAAAUAAAGAUA